UGUGUGUAUUGACUCAUGUGGGUCUGUAGAUUUAGGACAGGUCUGCUCGUACAGGACAGAGCUUGCACGUAUGGAUUGCGUGUGUUAUCCUCUCUUGAGAGAAGAGGAUUUAAGGCUCAAACUUCUCAGCAGCACAUUAAAUGCUGCGUCAUUUGGGCCAGCGUAUAUGUCUGCAGUGGUCGGGUUGGGGAGCGGCUGUCUGACACGCUAAAGUUCCCCUGCAGGGCUCUGGUAGGAUCGCAGGACUUUUGUGUCUCUCUGAGGGCCUACAGGACAAUACCCACCUUCUCCAGGAUGCCCCAAACUAAAGCUCAGGAUAUGGGCUCAGCCUUUAUCCAGACACAGCAGCUCAGUGCCGCGAUGGCCGACACUUUCCUGGACCACUUAUGUCUGCUAGACAUCGACUCUGAGCCCACCAUCGCCCGCAACACUGGAAUCAUUUGCACUAUCGGACCAGCCUCUCGCUCUGUUGACAUGCUGAAGGAGAUGAUCAAGUCCGGCAUGAAUGUCGCCCGUCUUAACUUCUCUCACGGCACACAUGAGUAUCAUGGAGACACAAUUAAAAAUGUACGUGAAGCCUGUGCCAGCUUCCAGCCUGGCAGCAUUCAGUACAGGCCAGUGGGCAUCGCUCUGGAUACCAAGGGACCCGAGAUCCGGACCGGUCUCAUUAAAGGGAGCGGCACAGCAGAAGUUGAGCUGAAGAAGGGAAAUCAAAUCAAAGUGACCCUUGAUGAUUCUUUCAUGGAGAAGUGUGAUGAGAACAACCUCUGGCUGGACUACAAGAACAUCACAAAUGUGGUGGAAGUGGGCAGUAAGGUUUAUAUCGAUGACGGUCUCAUCUCCCUCCAGGUCCUGGAGAUCGGCUCUGAUUAUCUACAGUGUGAGAUUGAGAACGGAGGAACCCUGGGCAGUAAGAAGGGUGUAAAUCUGCCCGGCGCUGCGGUCGACCUGCCUGCCGUGUCUGAGAAAGACAUCCAGGACCUGCAGUUCGGUGUGGAGAUGGGAGUUGACAUGGUCUUCGCCUCCUUCAUCCGCAAAGCGGCCGAUGUUCACGAGGUCCGUAAGGUGCUGGGAGAGAAGGGCAAGAACAUCAAGAUCAUCAGCAAGCUGGAGAACCACGAGGGUGUGCGCAGGUUUGAUGAGAUCAUGGAGGCCAGUGAUGGCAUCAUGGUUGCCCGUGGUGACCUGGGUAUCGAAAUCCCCACCGAAAAAGUGUUCCUGGCCCAAAAGAUGAUGAUUGGUCGCUGCAACAGAGCAGGAAAGCCAAUCAUCUGUGCCACACAGAUGUUGGAGAGUAUGAUUAAGAAGCCCCGCCCCACACGUGCAGAGGGCAGUGAUGUGGCCAACGCUGUUUUGGAUGGUGCUGACUGCAUCAUGCUGAGCGGAGAGACAGCAAAGGGAGAUUAUCCUCUGGAGGCUGUGCGCACCCAACACAUGAUUGCCCGAGAGGCAGAGGCAGCCAUGUUUCACCGACAGCUGUUUGAGGAGCUGCGACGCUCCACUCAUCUGACCCUUGACCCAUCAGAUGCUGUAGCUGUGGGUGCCGUCGAGGCCUCCUUCAAAUGCUGUGCCAGCGCUCUUAUUGUGCUCACCAAAUCCGGCAGGUCCGCUCAUCUGAUCUCACGUUACCGACCCCGUGCACCCAUCAUGGCCGUGACCCGUAGUGGGCAGACCGCCCGACAGGCUCACCUGUACCGCGGUAUCUUCCCCAUAUUCUACAACCAACCCGCUCAUGAUGUUUGGGCUGAGGAUGUGGACCAGAGGGUCAACUUCGCCAUGGAAGUUGGUAAGGUUCGUGGAUUCUUCAAGCCCGGCGAUGUGGUCAUCGUCCUCACCGGCUGGCGCCCGGGUUCUGGUUACACCAACACCAUGCGUGUUGUACCCGUGCAGUAAACGUCACACUCCUUCACAGCGCCUCAUCACUUCAUCCCUCUCGCCCUUCCUUUACUCCAGCAGGCCCGUCUCAGAUCAGAGCAGAAGAUUGGUCCAUCAUCAGUAGACACCUGCUCUUCUCACUUCAUUUAUUUGUGCUAGUCAUAUUUAUCCACAGAUGUGUUGCUAACAUCCACUGAAUGUCACAUUAGGUUUGAGGCAGAGCUGCGUGUCUGAUGUCAGUCAUGAAACUCUCCUGCUCAUUGGUUAAUGUAUCAGCAGUGGGUUUAUAGAGGGGAUCCUCGUGUGUAAAUCUAGUUUAUGAGCACUUACUGUGUUGUUUUGUUUUGCACUGUGUUCACACUCCCAACCGAUGUUACAAUCUGUGUUUUACUUUACUGUUAGUGACGUGUGGCAGACAGGCCAGUCGAUGCACUUAUUUAUAUAGAUAUGUUUGGCUUACCCCCAAAAGAUGAUGGGCGCACAUGAGAAUAUUAAAGAUCACUGUAAGUUUUUCCUCUGUGAGAUAAAACAGCAAUCGCCUCCAUCAGCGUGGCUCCAGUAUGCUUGUGUGUUGAGAGAGUUGUGUGUUGUAUGUGUGCUUAGGUCUGCCUGCUUUGUGUCGCAAGGGAUCAAAAUAUAACCAUAAGUCUAAGAGUAACUAUAGUAUAAUACUGAAGUGUUGUGUUGUAUAAGACUGAAUUAAUAAAGACCACAAACUCCUG